CCGCCUCUCCUUUCUGCCUUGUUCGCAAAAGCGUGACGUCUGACGACCAAACAUUUUUUGCUUUGGCCUUAUCGCAGUUAGAAGGAAUUCAAUACUAAACACUGGUUGGUCUUGCCAUACUGACCCCAACACCGGGCUUACAUUACAGGAGGCACUGCAGUAGAUGACCAGUGAUCUCCAUCGGGAUUAAAUCUCCUAAACUGACAAGAAAAUUAGUAGCAUUUGUCUGACGACCGAUUAGUCGCCAGUGGAGUCACUGAAGUUUCUUUGAUUUUUUUCUUAAACAAAUCCCAGCAGUCGAGAGAUCCCAGAGAGUAACUUCAGUAUAUACAGAUAGCUUGACGUUUGGCAGAGCGAGCACAAUGGCUACAAGUUCGGGGGUAACCCAGCCAGGACCCUCUCGUGCCCGAGUCCCAAAUACCGCCAAAGAAACCAAACCCAAGACAACAAAAAACAACAGCACAAGUGCACGCAGAUUGCAGAGAGAAUUAGCUGAAUUGACUUUAGAUCCCCCACCAAAUGUUAGUGCUGGGCCGAAGGGGGAUAACCUCUAUGAGUGGGUAUCAACAAUUCUGGGGCCAAAGGGAACAGUAUAUGAAGGAGGAGUGUUUUUCCUCGAUAUUUGUUUUUCCACGGACUAUCCAUUUAAACCACCUAAGUUGGUGUUCAAGACACGUAUCUACCAUUGUAACAUUAACAGUCAAGGCCACAUCUGUUUGGAUGUGUUAAAAGACCAGUGGAGUCCAGCUCUCACUAUCUCCAAAGUGUUGCUAUCGGUAACCAGCCUACUGGCAGACUGCAAUCCUCACGAUCCUUUGGUAGCAUCCAUUGCACAGCAGUAUCUGUCCAAUCGUGAGGAGCAUGACAAAAUGGCACGGCAAUGGACCAAGAGAUUUGCAACGUGACAGUAUUCUGAAGAGUAGUUGCAAAGGAGUUAAGUGAAUGUGAUUGCAUGGGUUGAGAGGGAAAUUGAGUACAUAGAAUAUCUGAGAUAAUAUCUUGUAAUGGAAUGCUUUUAAUUAUUAAAUAAAAAGGGAUUUUUACACUGUUCAAAUGGAAUGGUUUGAGACAUCAGUGUUACUCAAGUUUGCCAAUGGUUAAUUUUCAAUUCGGGAUAAUUCUUACCAUAAAGCUUGUGUUCAUCUGUUUAUAUUUACAUUUCCAAUGUUUUUGCCUUUGAUAUCUCUACAAAUUGUAAUUGUUAGCCAUUUCCUCAUGAACUUGUUGCAGUUGUAAAUACAUGUACAUGUAAUGCAUGUGAAUCCAGAUAGAUAUAGAAUGUCUAUUUUAAUGACUGGGAAUUCUGACAGAAAAGCUGUUCAUGUAGUAUGCCAGUAUGAAGCAUCACAGUUCAUAACCUCUUCUAUUUUCAAAAAUGAAUUUUUUUUUACAUAAACGUUGCCUCUGUUUGAUAUAUUGCAAAAUUCAUAUGAUAAAAUGUGAUAAAUCUCAAGAACGUAAUCUAAAUAUGCAUUUCAUGAUUUAAAAGAAAAAAACCCAACAUACUUCUAUACAAGAUUGAUUAACAGAUAUUUUAUUUGUUAUUAAACAUCAGUUAUUAACUUAUUUGCUUAUAAACAUUUUUAUAUUACUGCAUACAUGGGAUGAAUAUUAAUGUGUACAAAAGGUGUACUUAAACUGGUUGAAACAAUCAAUCCACAUUAUCAUGAUUUCUGUUGUUUGAAUAUAUGUUGAAGGUGUGUGUUUUUUGUAGCGAGUUAAAAUGAAUACACUUACAAUUGAUAUGUACUGAUGUAGUGAAUUUCAUAUAAUAAUGUGAAUGCAUGAAAAAUAAAUGAACUGUAGUAUGUACA